UGGGGAAAGAUGUUGUGACGGCACUGUUUCAUGACUACGCAAACACAUCUUCGUCAUGGAAAAAUGGGUUGUUGUCGAACAAUUAUUUUUUGUCUUCUGACGAAAUUAGCCUACGCUCAAUGCUUGAGAUUUACAAUUUUUUUCCCGGGAGAGGCUUUUUUUCCUUGAACGGACGCUGGCAAAAGGCGCUUCACGGAACACUAUCGGCGCAUGGUAUAGCCUAUCAUAUUAUGCUCAAGCCUGAGCUCAACAAUGCUUUUUUUUUUUUUUCUCUCUCGAAUGGAACAAAAAGCGCUGCGGGGAACAUUGGUAUCGGUUCAUGGUAUCGGCAACUGUUUGACAAGUACGAGUAUGAGUAUAUUAGUGGAGUAUCGGGGCUGAUGCCGAUGCCAGUAUCGGUGCAUGCUUAUAUAGCGCCUUUGAAAAAACCCAAGGACGCUUUACAAUUAUAGACAAGGAAAGAAAAAAAAUAAAUAAAUAAAUAAAAAAUAUAAGUAAAAAGUCCACCAAGUAGGGGUCAGGAUGUAAUUCCUGUGGUGUAGCAGCCACAGUCCCAUCAAAAGGCGCACGAAAACGAGUCCCACAUCUCCAGCACCGCCGCCGUGACGCCGUCAGCAACAUCGCUCGAACACCACGCCAUGGAUCCACAAAGCGAGCAGAGAAGCUCCGCCACGCAGAGCACUGGUACGUCCCAAACCGCCUGCACGGCCACCGAGCAACAUCGCUUGGAACAUCACGCCGAGCGUUAAAGCGCAGAGCGCUGGACAACCACGAUGUAAAAUGAGCAACGAGCUCACUGCAGUCCAUAGCUGGGAGUGCAGGCAUCGCCCACGGCGAACCAAGGCCUGGAGGGAACCGACGCCCAAAUUAGGUGUCCAGCGUGCUUCUUCAACUUCAUGACGCUGUUCUGCGAGCUGACCUGCAGCCCCCGGCAGAGCGAGUUCCUGAACGCCACCCAGUUCUCACGCGAUCCUGUUGACAACAGCACCAACGUCGUCGAGCUCUCGUAUUACAUCAGCCAGGACUUUGCUAACGCUAUGUACAAUGCGUGUAAGGAUGUACAGGCUCCAUCCAGCAACGUGAAGGCCCUUAGUCUGCUGUGUGGCCGCGACGCCAGUGCCUGCACCCCCACCACCUGGAUCCAGUACAUGUUUGACAUCAACAACGGCCAGGUUCCCUUCGCCAUCGAUCCCGUGUUCUCAGGUGUUCCGCCCUCUGGAAUGAGCUUCAUGAAUAACCAGACGUUCGGCUGCACCGAGUCUCUGGACGACGGCUCGGCACCGUGUUCGUGUCAGGACUGCAGUGCAGCUUGUGGGCCCUCACCCGUCCCUCCACCCAUCCCUCCUCCAUGGAUCAUUUUGGGCAUCGACGCCAUGUGUUUUAUCAUGUGGCUCUCGUACGCAGCCUUUAUUCUCCUCUUUGCCGGCAUGCUGGUUAUAGCGCGGUGCUUCAGGAAAAGCGACAUCGCGUCAGAAUACGGCCCCAUCCAAGACAGCAACGAGGCUCUUUCGCUGAACAGCGGCCCGAUCAGGUUAUCCAGCAACGUGACGUGUUGCGAGUCUCUCGGCGAGCGCUUUGAGAAUUUCCUCCGUCAUGUCUUCAGCUGUUGGGGCUCGUUCUGUGUGCGCCGGCCCCUGCUGGUGAUCUUGGUGAGCAUCGUGCUUGUAGUGGUCUGCUGCAUGGGUCUGAAGUACAUGCGGAUCACGACCGACCCGGUGCACCUUUGGUCGGGCCCUCACAGCCGCAGCAGGCUGGAGAAACAGUACUUCGACGAGCACUUUGGCCCGUUCUUCCGCACCGAACAGCUCAUCAUCACGACGCCACGGACCGACUGGUUUGUCUUCGAGUCCACUACCGGGCCCAAUAUCCCCUUCGCGCCCAUUCUGAACAUAUCUCUGCUCCAUCAGAUUCUGGAUCUCCAGACCGCUAUUGAGCAAAUAGAGGCCGACUUUAAUGGCGCGAAGGUGACCCUGAAGGACAUCUGCAUGUCUCCUCUGGCUCCCUACAACAACAACUGCACCAUUCUGAGUGUGCUCAAUUACUUCCAGAACAGCCACGAAGUCUUGGACCACAUCUUCCGUGAUGAGUUUUACAUCUACUUCGAUUACCACACACACUUCAUGUACUGCGUAAGUUCCCCAGUAGCCCUGGAUGAUACAGGGCAUUUCCAUGACCCCUGCAUGGGCACCUUUGGAGGUCCUGUGUUCCCCUGGCUGGUUCUCGGUGGUUACGAAGGAACAGCGUACAACAACGCUACUGCUCUCGUGAUCACCUUCCCUGUCCUUAACUACCUCAAUGACACAGAAAAGCUGGGCAGAGCUCUCGCGUGGGAAAGAGAGUUCGUCAGCUUUUUGAAAAACUACAGCAACCCUGACCUCGUCAUCGCCUUCAACUCGGAGCGUAGCAUCGAGGACGAGAUCGAUCGGGAGAGCAACAGCGAUAUCUCCACCGUACUGAUCAGCUACGCCACCAUGUUCGUCUACAUCUCCCUGGCUCUCGGACACAUCAGGAGCUUCCGUAGCCUACUGGUGGACACGAAGAUCUCUCUGGGUAUCGCAGGCAUCCUGAUCGUUCUGAGCUCCGUCGCUUGCUCUCUGGGAAUCUUCAGCUAUAUCGGGGUUCCCCUCACGCUCAUAGUCAUCGAGGUCAUCCCCUUCCUCGUGCUGGCUGUGGGAGUGGACAAUAUCUUCAUCAUCGUGCAGACUUUCCAGAGAGAUGAGCGGAUGGAGCACGAGGAGCUGCAUCAGCAGAUUGGCCGUAUCCUGGGAGACGUCGCACCCAGCAUGUUCCUGUCCUCCAUCUCAGAGACUGUUGCUUUUUCCUUAGGAGCGCUCUCCUAUAUGCCGGCCGUGCGGACGUUCUCGCUCUUUGCUGGCUUGGCUGUCUUGAUUGACUUCCUGUUGCAGAUCAGCUGCUUUGUCUCCCUGCUUGGUCUGGACAUCAAGAGGCAAGAGAGAAAUCGGUGGGACAUCCUGUGCUGCAUCAAGCUGUCUGACAGGGAAGAAGCGAACUCUGAUGCCAUCCUCUAUCGCUUUUUUAAGAAAAUAUACGCACCCUUUAUUCUGAAGGAGUGGGUGCGCCCUCUGGUGGUCGCCGUGUUUGUGGGAAUGCUCUCGUUCAGCAUAGCGGUCACUAAUAAAGUAGACAUUGGACUGGACCAACAGCUGUCCAUGCCUGAUGACUCCUUUGUGUUGGACUACUUCAGGAACCUGACGGAGUACCUGCACACGGGCCCUCCCGUCUACUUCGUGGUGAAGGAGGGUCACGAUUACCGCACCUCAGAGGGACAGAACCAAGUGUGUGGUGGUGUGGGCUGCAACAAUGACUCUCUCGUUCAGCAAAUCUACACCGCGUCACUUAUUAGUAACUACUCGAAGAUAAGCACGACCCCGUCCUCGUGGUUAGACGACUACUUUGACUGGGUGAAACCGCAGUCGUCCUGCUGCCGAUACUACAACUCUACUGGAGCCUUUUGUAAUGCCUCAGUGGUGGAUCCUUCCUGUGUUCACUGCAGGCCUUUGACUCCCAGCGGUAAACUGAGACCAAACGGCACUGACUUCAUGAGGUUCCUGCCAAUGUUCCUGUCUGAUAACCCCAACAUCAACUGUGGGAAAGGAGGUCAUGCUGCGUACAGCACUGCUGUCGUGCUGAAGGACGACACCGUGGGUGCCACCCAUUUCAUGAGCUACCACACCAUCCUGAAGACGUCUGCAGACAACAUCAACGCCAUGAAGAUGGCCCGAGAGCUGGCCAAAAACAUCUCGCUCGCUAUGGGGUCGAACAAGACGGACAGCGUCUUUCCUUACAGCGUGUUCUACGUGUUCUACGAGCAGUACCUCACCAUCGCCCACGACACGGUGUUUAGCCUCGGCAUUUCCCUGGCAGCCAUCUUUGUGGUCAGUACCCUGCUGCUGGGCUUUGAGCUGUGCUCGGCCGCACUCGUCUGUCUCACCAUCGCCAUGAUCCUGGUCAACAUGUUCGGUGUCAUGUGGCUGUGGGGCAUCAGCCUCAACGCGGUGUCACUCGUUAACCUCGUCAUGAGCUGUGGUAUAUCCGUGGAGUUCUGCAGCCAUAUCGUCAGGGCGUUCUCCAUCAGCACGAAGGCCACGCGGGCGGAGAGAGCUCAAGAGGCCCUGGCACACAUGGGCAGCUCUGUGUUCAGUGGAAUCACUUUGACGAAAUUUGGCGGGAUCGUAGUCCUGGCUUUCUCCAAAUCCCAGAUCUUCCAGGUCUUCUACUUCCGCAUGUAUUUUGGUAUCGUGCUGCUGGGGGCGGCUCAUGGACUCAUCUUCCUACCGGUGCUCCUGAGUUACGCAGGUCCGUCUGUUAAUAAAGCGAAGGUCUUGGCAGCGCGUAACAGGUUCGCCGGGACGGAGCGUGAAUAUCUGCUCGACAAAUGAUGGCACAGAGGAAGCUGAAACCUCAAUCCACAAAGGACUGUGUGGGUACAGCAGCUUCUCACAGACACACUAACACACGCACACACCUCGACUAAGAGCCUAACUCAGGAUCCCUGCCUGGGAAGACGAAAAAGGAGAAAGGAGAGGGAAAAAAAAAGAAAAAAACCUUGUGAUAUGGGAAUCACACACACACUUUGGGAUUUUUGCGGUGGUUGAUCCUUGCAACAGAUGAUGAACAGGAUCCAUGACUGAAUCUGCAUUCAAGCUACUUUUAUAACACGGAAUUACACAAACAUGCAAUAUUUUAUAGAACGAGAUGCGACUGAUGAAACGUGUGCCUGAUCUGUCGGCUUAUUUAUUUCAUGUCCGUGUGUUUUGAUUUUGGUCUAAUUUCAUUAAGGGGACAUGUCUUGUUCUGACAGAACUAACAGGAGUCAUUUGGUUAGAACUUUUUUUUUUUUUCAUAUUAUGACCUCAUUUUGAUGCACUGCACAUAAAAAGGAAAAAAAAUGAACUGCAGUUAAUUGGUUUAUAUUAAUUUAUAGGAUCACCCAGGACUUCCUUCCCCCCCUUCCUUAACUAUUGUGGUUACUCAUUGCUGAAAAUUCAGUAUUUAAGUACAAGAUAGCAUGCCCUGAAAUGGGAUUUGACUUGGCAAGAACCUCAUGCACUGGAUUUAGAACCUUGGUUCAGGAUUCGCCGGUUACUAUGAAAUGCUACCUGUGUGUUUUUACCUCAGCGGUAUGUCAUCUGAGGAGUAAUUUCCAGGUGAAUAUAAACUUAAAUGAGAGAUCUGAGAGGUUGGAUCAUGUUCACGAGGCAUGUAACGCACUAGCACAGGAAGACUGAAGUCUAGAUCAUUAUGCGUGCUUUACACAAAUUGUUGAUGCUUACAUUACAUUACAUUUCUUUUGAAAGUUUGAAGUCAUGUAUAAUUGAGUAUUGUAGAUCUUGGCGGGAACAGUUCGGAAUUAACGUAGCCGCAAGUCUGACGUGUCGGUUAAGAGACGUGGAAUUAUGGGAGAAAUGUUACUGCUGAGGCACAGCGAGGGGGGGGGAGGCGUCUUUUUUUUUUUUUUUUAAAUGUUGUAACUUGAAAUAUGCUGAAUUGUUCAACACUGCAUUCCACAGUGGAUAACACUUUUAUUUAUGAUGUUUGUCUUUUUUUUGCAAUAAAACAAUGCUACUAA